AUGAUGGAACUACCCUCGGUCUUCCUUUUCCAAGGCUGGACCAUCAGAUACAGGCUUUUGGAAUCAGUGGCUAGUUCAAGUUCAAGUGGUAGCGAAGAUACGGAAUCAUUAGUGUUUGUUCACGGCACUCCCUGGUCCUCGGCAAUGUUCGAACCCGUCGCCAAAGCACUGCUCGCCAGACAGUCAUAUCAAAUCUUGUUAUACGAUCUCCCGGGGUAUGGACAGUCGCAGGACUUCGAAAAUGCGGAUGUCUACAGCUCCAAGGAAGGUUCAUCCGCGAAUGACUGUUUUGCAGGAGACACCUCCGUCAAAUUCCAAGCACAAGCUUUGAAAGCACUCCUCAGUCAUGUCUGCAUGGAUAGCAGACAAAGACAUCGAUCGCCUGCAGUCAUAGCUCACGACAUCGCCGGGGCGAUCGUCUUGCGAGCACAUCUCAUGCUGGGAUGCGAGUUCAAGAGUAUGAUGCUCUGCGAUACGRACGCCGUGUUGCCCUGGGGUGAUGGCUUUUAUAAGCUCGCCCGCUCUGAGCCGAGAGUCUUUAUAGAUUUACCACCUGGGAUCUUCGAAGCAGUUGUUCGAGCUGUCAUCCGGAGCGCGCUGUUCAAGACGGGAAAUGCGCAGAGCGUAYGGGAGGAUAAGCUGGCUCUGCCUUGGACAGUGCAUCCCGGAGAGAGCGCAAGAAGCGAUUCUACGAAGCGGCAACAAAGCUUUGUCCGGCAAAUAUCACAGGCGAACGACCAAGAUGUUGCUGAGAUGCUGGAAGGGAACAUGUACGAUCGUGUACGUUGCGACGUCAAGCUCGUUUGGGGAGAGGAAGACCAAUGGAUUCCAAGAGGAAAGAUGGAAGAUCUGAGAAUGAGAUUGGGGUCUCGGGCAAGGGAGUGUGCAUUUAUUCCUGAGGCUGGUCAUUUGGUGAUGCUUGACCAGCCCGAGAGGUUCGCAAUUGAGACAUUCGCAUGGCUUAGUAGGAUAGUACCACCUCGCGAUCCUGCUGUAAGCUGA